GGUGAUUUGCUAAGCUCACAGCAGAGAGGAGUUAGUGAGCCUGAGAGCGGGCACUGCGAACUGCUGGACGAGGCUGCUGCUGCUGUAACAGCGCAUCCCCACUCACAUACAUGUCUGCUGAGAGAGCCCCAGCGCAGAUUAAUCGGUUCCAGAGAUUGGCCCACCGUAAGAAGCAACAAACAGACUAAUGACUAGACCCGAGGAGAAUUAUGGAUUUUGCUAAUAUGGGUAUGAUACAGUUGCAAAACCCCAAUCACCCAACGGGUCUUCUCCUAAAAGCCAACCAAAUGCGGCUGGCGGGGACACUCUGUGAUGUGGUCAUCAUGGUGGAUACUCAAGAGUUUCAUGCCCAUAGGACUAUAUUGGCUUGUACUAGUAAGAUGUUUGAAAUACUCUUCCAUCGUAGCAGCCAGCAUUACACCUUGGACUUUCUGUCACCAAAGACUUUCCAACAGAUUUUGGAAUACGCUUAUACUGCCACUCUGCAGGCUAAAGUUGAAGAUUUGGAUGACCUCCUGUAUGCAGCAGAAAUUCUAGAAAUAGAGUACUUAGAAGAGCAGUGUCUGAAGAUCUUAGAAACCAUACAAGCUUCGGAGGAGAAUGAUGGUGAACUUUCUACAUGUGAGAGGGCCAUGGAUGAUGAGGAAGAUAGAAAGUCAAGAUUUAUUAAAAGCAUGUUAAACACAAAGCAUUCCAGUGAAGAGAGUGGUUAUACCAGCUUGGGUAACCAGAGCCUGGUGGAUCAAAGUCCAUCAGUAUCAACAUCCUAUGGACUUUCAGGUAUGAGCCCAACCAAGACUGCUGUGGAUAGCCUAAUGACAAUUGGCCAGUCAUUGCUUCAAGGAGCACUGCAACAAAAGGCACUAGACUUGCACUCCAGUAGCCGGCUUCCAAGUCUAUCAGAAGUGAAAUCUGAGGCAAUGCUGGUUGACGAGAUCUGUAACCAAGAUAGCACUACUGCUGAGUCCAGUGCAUCAGCUGGGGACAAAUCAGAUGAUAAAAGCAAAGAUAGCCCAGGAACCCCAACCCGCAGUAGUGUUAUCACAAGUGCUCGAGAUCUUAAUGUUGGCCGUGAUGAGAAUGCUCCUGAUCAGACUUUUGACUUAGGCCAAGGUUUCAGCCUUGGGCCAGAGCAUGCUAUCUCUCAUGCUGAGAAACAUCUUAGUGUCUACUCCGUUCUCCCAAACCAUAAGGGGGAAUCAUUGAUUAGUGUGCCAACUUCCAUGGCAUCCGCUCUUCACAUGCAACCAGCUUUGGCUGUAUCAAUGGACUUCAGCGCUUAUGGAGGACUUCUGCCCCAAGGCUUCAUUCAAAGAGAGUUGUUCAGCAAACUUGGUGAAAUUGCAGCUGGGAUGAAGAAUGACGGCAGAAAUAUCUGUGAUCGGUGCAGUGUGUGUGGAGCAAACCUUCCAGAUAAUGACUCUGUUGAACAUCACCGGAAGCUGCACAGUGGUAUCAAGACAUAUGGCUGCGAGCUUUGUGGAAAGAGAUUUCUGGACAGUUUGAGACUUCGCAUGCACUUGCUGGCUCAUUCAGCUGGAGCCAAAGCAUUUGUAUGUGAGCAGUGUGGAGCACAGUUCUCAAAGGAAGACGCAUAUGAAGCUCACCGGCGGACGCACAACGGAUCUGAUAUGGCUGUAUUCUGUCUCCUCUGCGGGAAGCGAUUUCAGACUCAGACUGCUCUCCAGCAGCACAUGGAGGUCCAUGCGGGAGUACGAAGUUACAUCUGCAGCGAGUGCAACAGGACUUUUCCAAGCCAUACCGCACUCAAACGCCACCUCCGCUCACAUACAGGUGACCAUCCGUACGAGUGUGAGUUUUGUGGAAGCUGUUUCCGGGAUGAAAGUACACUGAAGGGUCACAAGCGUAUCCACACUGGGGAAAAGCCCUAUGAGUGCAAUGGCUGCGGGAAAAAAUUCAGCCUCAAGCACCAGCUGGAAACGCAUUAUAGAGUUCACACAGGUGAAAAACCAUUUGAGUGCAAGUUGUGCCAUCAGCGCUCAAGAGAUUAUUCUGCCAUGAUCAAGCAUCUUCGCACCCACAAUGGAGCCUCUCCUUACCAGUGUACCAUCUGCCUGGAGUAUUGUCCCAGCCUGUCUGCCAUGCAGAAACACAUGAAGAGUCACAAGCCUGAGGACAUCCCUGCCGACUGGAGAAUUGAAAAGACCUACUUGUACUUGUGUUAUGUGUAGUGGGAUAAGCAAAAUGUUUGUGGGAGGUGAAAGUCAAAGUUAUAUGGGGAAGGCCGAGCAAUACAGACCUCUAAAAGAAAAAGUCACAACCCACUUAAAAGCAAAAAAAUCAAACACAUCCACCAUUUUUUGGCUUUUUUUUUUUUUAUUGUGGGAAGCUUAAAGCUCUUUUGAAAGGAGGCCUAAUGGAGUUUGUUUUUUGUUUUUAUUUUGAGAUUGAGUGGGGCAUCAUCGUGAGAAUGAAGACAUUUUAUGCCAGCCCACCCAAUUAUUAGGAAUGAAAAUGAUGGUCUUUGGUAUUUUCUUCAGAAUUUACCAAAAAAGUGAAAGGUGAAAUGUUUUCCACAUGACUUUAUAGUACUUAGGACAGUAUGGUUUUUAAAUAUGACCAUAAUAGCAUUGGAUGUUGGUGGCGAUCCAUAAAUUCUAAGCCCAUAUAUUAUUUUACAUAAAAUGUUGAAACGUAUAUUGGAGCUUAAUUCAAUUUUCAUUUCAUCAUCGUAAGAUGUGAUUGGAUAUACCUUAUGAGCAAAGGUCCCUCUAGACUUUAUUGGGAUGAGUAUAAUGACCAAACCAGAUCAACUGGAUUGUAUAAAAAAAGAAAGAAAGAAAAGUAUUGUGCUUUAUUGUAGAGCAUAAGUUGUAAUACCACCUGGUAUUCAUUUGUAUUUUGUAGCACUGAAGGGGUUUGAAACCUCAGAUUUUAGGUUUGCCUUCAAUAAUGUUUAUAUUCACUGAUGAUGUCAAGUCAUUGUUCAGUUUGGAUGUGUAAUUUUUAUGUUAUUACAUAAUACCCCAAUCUUCCUCACUUCUACUCACACUUUCUUGAAGAUUUCGAAGCUCAGCACUUUGGAAGAUAAUUACUCUUCAUUCUGGUGGAAAAUACUCCACUAAUAAAGAUAGGCAACACAACAUACUUGGAGACAAUUAGCAAACCUAGCUAAAUUAGUCUUAAAUAAGCCCAUAUACUGUCAGCAGGCCUAAACAGACCAAUGGAAGGUGAUCCAGUGUUACUGUGAGAUAUAUAUGCCAACAAUAAAAGGUCUGGCUCGUCUGUUUCCCCAUCUGAUAUAAACUCAUUAGAGCCACUAUUAUAUAUGGAUGUGUUUGGUUAAUUUGCAGGUUUCCCAUUUCUUCAUAUCUGAAAAAAGUUUUUCAGCAUCCUCUUGUUGAGUAUAUUGGUACAUUGUCACAUAGGCCAGUUAGUAAAUAGGGGGCUGCUUCUAUGUAUAUAUUUUUAUUGUUUCAUUUUGUUAUUAUGUUUAGCACAUUGUACUUGAAUUUUUGUUUUUUUAUGACCUCAUAUGUAUCAAUGCCUCAUUUGAGGCAUUUUGUUACUUUAAGACAUGUUGUAGGAAAAAUGUGCCAAGAUAGAGAAAUGGGCAAGAUGAGAGAUUAUCUCAUUUAUUUUUGUUUUUUUGUUUUGUACCAAAUACGGUAUUCAGUGUAGGGUUGACGCUGCCCUUUCGCAUUGUGGUUGGGCUUUUUUUUUUUUUUUUCAUUCAUGAAAGCUACCUCUUAACCCAUUUGCUGCAAGAGGAUCCUACAACACAUUUAAAACAAUGCUUUAUAGGUCCCUCCAACAGCUUAAAUGGUUAAUUAUGUUAUGUUCAAUUAAAAUGCUGUUUCUUGUUAAUCUUAUGUUACGCUUAAUGAAUUUUUUCAUCUCAUUUUUUUUUCUUGCUAUUACAGUAUGUUUGUGAUUAAGCUGCAUUUAUAUAUAAUGUAAGAGGUUUAGGGUAUUAUUUUGUAGGUAGCCUUACUGGGGGAAGUGGGAGAAAAACAGAGGAUAAAUUAACCUUCUUACUACAAAGGUCUUGCCUUUUUGACACCUUCGUUGUAUAAAGGGGAUAUGAAACCACUGUCGUUUUUUGGCUAUUUUAAACCUUAAAAACUGAUUUAGGUGGUAAAAAUGGCUUCCCAUGUUAGAGAUGUAUUAAUGUAGCUCUAAUGGUUAGUGAAAGGGGAGUGAAGGAUCUGUGGUUUAAACUUGAAUUUGUGAAUAGAAGUUUAGAAUUUUUUUUUUAUUCAUAAUGUGAAGGUGAUGAAAGUAUUAAAUCUCUUGGCAGGUAUAAAUAUAUUUUUCUCAGUGCGUACCAAUGCAGACAAAGGCCGGCCACAAUUUGCAAGGCAGAAAUGUUAGGUGUUUGCGAGGAAUUUCCUCACUAGACACAGGGAAAUAAGGGAUUAAAAAAGUUAUUCCACAAAAACAAAUGCAAACUUCUUUUUUUCUAUCCCAUCCCUGAGGAGUAUGCUCUGAACUUUCUCCUCCUCCUCGAAAUUAAUGAAAAACAUGAAACAUUGGAAGGGUAGGGCAAAAUAUUCGCAAAGUUGUGAUAUUUUUGUAAUAUUUGUUAGUCUUUUUGUCAGUUUUGGGCCUACAUAUAUAUCUAUAUAUAUUUUUUUUUUGUAAUGUGAACAGGACUCUGUGCGUGUGUGUUAGUGUGUAUGCACGCGUGGUCAAGCAGUACACUGCGUGUUAAAUUGUAAUGAAAGUCAUACAGUAUUGUGCUUAAUCAGAGACUCUGCUUCUACCUGGCAUAGGAAUGUAAAUGUUGAUUGCGGUUGUUGGUUCAAGACCCUGAUAACGUCAUAAUGACACCUUCAAGACACCUCUUGAUAUUUUUUUUUCUUUUUAUUCCUAUUAUGACUGGUCCUCAUGGAGAAAAAAUGUUGCUUCAGGUCAAUUUUGUAUACCUUUAUCACUUCACACACAAGUUACUGAAGCAAGUAACACAAAAACUUUGGACACACCCUGAAAGAGUGGGCACCAUCAUGGUAACUAAAAAUAUAAAUACUGUACCUUUUGCAGUGUGAACACAAAAUAAAGUUUUAGAGCAUUACAUAUCCAGCAAAAAAUAAAUUCAGAUUAGAUCGCUCAUCUAAAUCAGAAUGAGUAAAUUAAUUCAGUUGGGGGUAAUGCCUGAAGCGUGUCGUUGAAACAGCAGCAAUGGCAUGCCAAACCAGCCCCAAUUCAUCCCAGUUACCCCUCCUUCCGAAAUUGCAUAUUUUUAUUUGCAGUUCCAUAAGGCAACAUCCAAAAAUAUGCUUUCUCUGGGAUACUGCAAGUACGACACGAGAUCGCGAGCAUUGCCUGCGACCCCUUAUAGUUCUUGCAGGGUCAAUGACCAGACAAAUAGCUGUUGAACAGAUAUAAAAUUAUUUAUAUAAGUUUUAAGUAAUUUACAUUGUAUAAGGUUCUCUUUAAUUCCAUUUAAAAACAAUUAAUAUGCUCUGAUCCAUAGUAACCAUCCAGAUAGCUUUAACAGUUAUCACUGGAUUAAUGAAAGCAAGGAUCUAUAAUGUUGCUAUGGGUUACAGCAUCAUUGAAUUUUUACAUCAUGUCAUUAAAUAAGCACAAUAGUGCAGUAUGUUCAUCUUUGCGGAUAUGUUGGUGCUGUAGAAUUUUGCAUUGUGUUUUUCCAGUUUUGCUUAAAAGUCCAACAUCUUUUUUUUUUUUUUUCUUUUACCUGAAACCGUGAUGCAGGGUUUUCAUUUCUAUAAAAUGCCAGCUACAUGUUGUCAGAAAAAAGGCUUCUUUAUUCUUUGUGCCUAAACAUUUUCUUCCUUUUUUUAUGAAAAAAAAAUCUUUAAAAAAAAAAAAAUAGCAGGAAAACUGUGUCCAGCUACAAAACAUAUGUAUUAAAGAAAAAAAAAAAUCUGCUGCAGUUUAUCACAAGUGUUCUGACUGUAACAGAGCAGCAUGCUUUGGAUAUAUUUUUCGGGGGUGGCUGUUACUCUAAUGUUUCGGAAAUUAAAUAAUUUUGCAAUAAAGCUUACAUUCUAAUAUUUAGGAGACUUUAACUGACAUUUAAAAUAUGGUGUUAUAAAGUUUGCAGUGAAAAAUGUAACGGGAUUCCAUUAAAUCCAAUAUAUGGAACAGUCUAGUCAUUCUUGAUCAGUUAGUUUAAAAACUGAUUUACCUUCCCAAUUAUGUUGUCAUAUUUUCAUUGUCCAUAAUUAACUUACAGUACUUACCUGUUAUAGGAGACUGUAAAUAAUAACAACAGGAGAUUACUUUUAGUCGUAUGUCCGUUCUAAUAAAGGACAUUGUAACACAAAAUGUUUAGAUGUCCUAUUUUCAUGUUAGAAUAUGUAAACAAUAACAUUCAAAUCCUAAAUUGGUUCUAGAUUUACCAUAAGAGGUAAAAUAUCAAGAGUAUCUACUUUAGAAAACCGGACGUUGCUGUACGUAGCAUUUAAUUCUGCAGAAGGAAAAGUACCCUGGAUUUAUAUAUAAUAAUCUAAAUUUAAAUAUAACCACGAUUAUGGAAAAUGUCAUGCAUACUUUUUUUAUCAUAAUCACACUUAAAUUUGUUCAGUUUAAAUGUAUUUUUAACUGAAAUUCUCAUUAACUGGAAUUCAUUAUCUAUAGUCACUCCUGAAAUGACGUCCAAAGCAGUCAGUCUGUUCCAUUGUCCUUGUUGUACCUCUCAUAUUGUGUUUUGCAUGUGCUUUGUAAGAGGCCUGGUUAAACAGCAAAAUAAUCUUUCCAUGUAUAUGUGUACAAUUAUUGUAGCAUUACGGACCAACUGCCCUGAGGGACCUAGCAAAUUAUGGCUUUCUUUUUACCCUCCCUAUUUUCUAGCAUUUUUUGUUGUUGUUGUUUUCUCAUUUAAUUUUCUUACUUUUGUUUUUAUUGCUAGCUUGUAUUUCGUACCAGCACAAGUGCCAGUUGCAAAUGCUGUCAAAAAUAAAUUAAUAGAAAAAAAAAUCAACAAAUUAAUAAUAAAUAAAAUGGAAUAUAGUGUUUUUAUAAAUGGAUGUUAACCAUUUUUAUGCUGGCGGGUUUGGCAAUGUUUUGGCAGACCCCUCUGCAUCAAAGUGAUUACAUGUUAAGUCUACCUCAGCACCCUUUGCCUAAGUUUAAUGGGUGCCCACUGGUUGUGUUGCCUAAAAUACUUUAUAUCCUCUCUUUUACUUGUCUCCCUCUUUUAAAGUUUGUUUUUUAUUCAAUUUUUGUUUGUUUUUUGUUUUUCAAAAUCAGUGGCUCAUGUAAGGUGCAAAAUCUAAUCAAUUAAGUCAGAUAUUUUUUAUCGCAAGGUAACACAUUAUAGAGCUUAGUUGGUAAACGGAUGAUCCUAGCACAAAUGGGAUGUAAGUUGGGUGCAACAAAUAAAAUAUUUUGCUUUCAUUAGUAUAUUAGUUAUUGUGUGCUACUGCAACAUUACGCAUUAUUUUUUGGAUAAUAUAACCGUUAAAGUAAAAUGUUUUGUUAUCUUUAUUAAACGGACCAUAAAUUAAAUCUUGUAACUCCACCUAACUUUAUUCAUUGUGCAGGGCUUUACAUAGAAGCCUGGCUGGACACAAAUCAGUUCUCUCUUUGUAACGAAGAACCCAUAUUUGGCUUCUCGACUGUGUUAAAUAGUACUUUGAUGGCUAGUGUGAACUGCCAGUCCCUCUUCCAGUUUUGCAGUUAGAUUGGUAGGGCGGUUGGGAAGUGGAACAAUAACUCCGUAGAACUCAUCAAUGGAGUUCAGAACAAUGUAGUACCAGCAACACAUUUUCCUGGCACUGGAAAUUGUAGGCUGCUAUGACAUUACUACAGGUUGAAUAUUUUAUCAUUGUAAUAUUGCUAACGGCUUCCCCCCAGGUUACAAAUCUGAAAUGGUGUAGGCAUUUCACGCUGUUACCAUGGGUCAACUAUUGAAACGCCAACUUAGGAGUGAUUUGGAGUAGAUUGAGGUAUGAGCCAGGGUUGGUCAACUAAAGAUAUAUAUAACGUUACUGUUUUGGUGGUUAUUAACUUGAAAAUUGCAUCCUAAUUCCCCUGCAUAAUCUCGCUCUAGAUAGACUGUACUCUUUUGUAUUAAAAACAUUAUACAUUGGCAUAUUGGAUAUUUUCCAAUACCUUUUGGCUACACAUUUACACUCUUAAGGAGGACUUGAAUGUCCUGGUGAACCUUGGUUUGAGAGCUUAUGCUCCAGAAAGUUAUCUUGCAAUUAUGUAUGCUGAUUGCAGCCACAAAUGUUAUCCAUCUGGUUGUGUGGUGCAAUACAACGAUUUGUUUCUAAUUUGGGUUUCUGCCAUAUCUGGUCCAGUCAUAGUUUGGUUGGGUAUGGCAAGCCCAGACACCAUAUAGUAUCCAUCAAUAUGGUCCUGUGGAUCAGUGACCAUCCAAAAUCACAUAAUGUUUGGCCAUCUUGAGUAAGUACAGUUGGCUUUCCUCAGAUUUUUGGGGGUCAUUAAGGUCCAAGUUAUAAGCUGUGCAAUGGUCUGCUUAGCGCAUUGUACAUUUUGGCUAUCGCUAAAAUCAAUGCAAGCAGCUUAAAAUUCAUUAUUUUGUUCUGCUUUGAUACACCAAUACAGUUUAGCUUUUCAGUGCAUAAAAAUUAACAGGGAUGGGGGGGGGGGGGGUGUAUUGUACUUUAUUCAUAAGAAACAAAAUUGACAAAACCUUAAUGAGCUUCUGCUUUUCAAUUUUUUGCAUUGCUUUUGUUAACCAGUUUGCAAAAAUUCUGUUUUUUGUUUUUGUUAUUAUUAUUAUUUUUUGCUUAGCAGAUGCAGUAAUCUCCAGAGGGCAUAGCUACAUUACUGACUCUCACCCUAUCUGUGCCACUUUCUCUUGCCAUGCUGUGUAGACAAGCAUUUCCUCUCUACAGUGUUUCUCAUUCUCUCUUCUUGGUUUUCUGUUUGGGUUUUUUUUUCCCUUUGCCGGAGAAAAAAAAUUUGAUUAAAAUGCUGCAGGAUUUUUUUUCUCUCUACAUUGUCACUAAGUGAAGUUUGUGCCUUGUAUAGCAAAGAAAAUAUUUUUUACAUCCUACUAACAGUAAAAUAAAUUUUUUUGUAGUGAACAUUUUUUGUAUUUUUAUUUAUAAGUCUCAUAAAAAAAACAAAAAAUAGCAAAUGUUCGGUUGUAUACCUUAAAUCUGCAGUUAGAAUAAAGUUAAUUCCAUUGUCA